AUGGUUAUCGCACAAGCAAUCGACGUAGAUCCUGCUAAAGUAGAAGUAGUAACAAAUUGGCCAAGGCCAACCAGUGUGGGUAAAGUCCACAGUUUCUUAGGAUUGGCUGGUUAUUAUAGAAGAUUCAUUGAAGGUUUCUCAAAAAUAGCAGGGCCGAUGACUCAGUUGACAAGAAAGGGUGUAAAGUUUCAGUGGACAGAAAAAUGUGAAAAAUGUUUUCAAGAACUCAAGCAGAGACUAGUUUCAGCUCCGGUAUUGAUAAUACCAGAUGGCUCGGAUGGAUUUAUGAUUUAUAGCGAUGCCUCCAAACAGGGUUUGAGUUGUGUACUGAUGCAGCAUGGAAAAGUAGUUGCUUAA